AUGUUUUCAAAGGUCGUGAUUUUCCUGUCUGUUGUCGCUGUUGCUGUAGCGCAAUACGGCUAUGAACACGGAGCAGCGUACUCGUCUCAACACAUCUCUCGUCACGACGGACAUCCCGACAUAGUGAACGUGCACGGUCAUCAAACGGACUACUAUACACACCCUAAGUAUACAUUUGAGUACAAAGUGGAGGAUCACCACACGGGUGACAUGAAGUCUCAGCACGAGACUCGUGACGGUGACGUGGUGAAGGGCGUGUACUCGCUGCACCAACCAGACGGCUCUGAGCGGACCGUGCACUACCACGGUGACCACCACACCGGAUUCCAUGCUGACGUGAAAUACGACACUCAUCAUAUCGUAUUGUGUUUCUUUGCCGUCGUCGCUGUCGCCGUAGCCCAAUACGGCUACGGGCACGGAGCAGCGUACUCGUCACAACACAUCUCUCGUCAUGACGGACAUCCUGAUAUCGUCAAUAUUCACGGUCAUCAUGUAGAUUACCACACACAUCCUAAGUACACGUUCGACUACAAAGUAGAGGAUUACCAUACGGGUGACAUGAAGUAUCAACACGAGAGUCGCGACGGUGACGUGGUGAAGGGCGUGUACUCGCUGCACCAACCAGACGGCUCCGAGAGAACCGUGCACUACCACGGUGACCACCACAAUGGAUUCCACGCUGAUGUAAAAUACGAUACGCAUCAUGUCGUCCCUAAGCAUUUUUACUAAACCAGUGUAUAUUUAUAAAUAAACUAUGUAGUUCUU